AUGGGGAACGAACAAUCCUCACCGAACCCUCGACGAGGCCAGAAUAAACUGUCGAAGCCGAGAACCAAUUCUUCAGGAAAUGCCCUGAAUACCGGCACUCCCAAUUCAACGCCCGGUCGAGACAACUCUCAGUCCCACGAUUCAUCAAGGAAAUCUAGGUACAGCCUCUUCACGAAUGACAGCCACGGAGAAUAUAGCGAAGAUGGCAAGGAGAAGCGCCCCAAGCGGAUGAGCAUCUUCAGAUCGAAGAGCUCGCAGGCGAGGAGCCGCGCUGCAUUGGAUGUGACUCCUGAAAUAAUGGUAGAAAGCGCGGAACCAGAUCCAGUGGAAACACCGGUUCGCAGAUAUUCAGUUGUGAACCAUAACAGCCCAGCACAGUCAACGCCUGAUCUUAGUAUGCAGAGACCUCGAUACCAUGCUCGAGCCUCCCUCCAACACCUCCCCAUUUCAAGCCAACAAUCUCGACUGUCAUUGGUGGCAGAACAACAAUCUCCCCCACCGGAGAAGGUCGAGAUUAUAAGAAACGGUUCAUUUUACAAUAGGGAAAUAGAUUCGCAGGUCGUAAACCCUCCGCUAUCGAGUAGAACGAAUUCAGACACCACGCUAUAUGGUCCGACACGACGGAGAUCGUUAUUACAGCAUGGGGUGGUCACAAGAAAAGAAUUUGGCUCCAAUGACCCUCGAAAAUCAUUACCUUCACAAGUGAAAAACAUUGAAGACCUUCAGGCUUAUUAUUAUGAUCCUUCCCGGUCGACUUCCUCUCCUCUUGCGAAUCUUGCAGCAAUAGGCCAAUCAAUACCCGCGAGUUCUCCCGGCCAGCGAGUCCAGACGCCCAAUGAUAUGGAUUAUGGGCAUAUUGGGGUAUAUAAGCUAGGAUCUCUAAGAAUCACGAAUGGAACUGCCAGUCCUACACCCAGCGAUGGGAGACCUGCCACUGCUACAGCUGAGGAAGAUUAUCUGACGAUGGGUGGACGACAGAAAGAGUCCAACCACCGCCACGGGCUCAGCCAGAGGAGCAAUACACUGGUUCCCGCUGACACGACCAAGCCCGCCUGGGUUGUGCACGAGGAAUCUCCUUUGCGACAGUCUCAAAAACCAGAACAAAGAUCAUUGUCCAUCAGCACAACCCGGGCCGAGCUGGAUCCGUCUCUGGCUCUGUUUGAUUUCAGCACGAAUCACGUUAAUCACUCACCAAGCAGAUCUCUCGAGUUUGCAAAGCAAUACAUGGAAGAACUCCCGCUCAGUCCAUUUUCUUUCGAUAAUUCAUCUCCGUCACCAUUGACCCCAGGAUUUCAAGCUACGAGCAAGCACACGGCUGUGGAGGACGAUCUGUUUGAAGCAGAACCUGAUAGUCCUCGAAAUGACUUAUCUCCUUCUGCACCUCACUCCUUUGACUCUGGUUACGGCACUUCCGCCAGUCCUGUGGUCAUCAGAGGUCCUCGAGAAUAUAUUCCAAAACCGUUGGCGAAAGCGGACAGUGGCUACAGUUCAAUUGCUUCUCUGAAAUCUUUCAAGAAAGACGCUGCUCCCGCAGUACCGGCGAAGGACUUGCAAAUCACACCAAACAAGGAAAUUUCCCGGCUCAGGUCCAGCAUCCACUCCACGUCUUCUAGCCCGAUCAGCAAGUCACCCAGUGUGACACAGGAUUUUGUGGAGUUGCCAGCUCUAGAAGUCAUGCUACCAUUUUCCAUGGACGGUCCACCGGUUCCUGCCAAGAUUCCAAUUUUGAAAGGCAAUCUGCUGCAAGCGCAAGCUCCUGUUGUGCCACCUAAGAUUCUUGAGCGAGAUGUUGCGUCUGAAUUGAAAGUGCACAAGCGGCAGCAGAGUUUACCCAAUACAUCAGUUGUGGCUGUUGAACAGGACAAUUUUACUAAGACGAGUGGAAACAAAAUGCAGAAACGCCCCAAGUCAGUUCAGCCAGCUGUUACAGCUCCCGUCUAUACAGUGCAAGCGUACAGGUCACCAAGCGACGCAUUCAGUGUCCCCUCUGUUCCGGCAGAGUUUGAUAAAAAGCUUGAUCAGCGAGUGAGUGGGUUUCCAGUGGCAUCAUUCCCAAAUACAUAUUCCACAUCGGUUGGGCUACGAAAAUCUUCAAGCAAGGAGACGCUGGGUACGAUAUUUUCCGUUGGUAGCGCUGAGGUACGGGAUGAGGUUGAGUUUGCGAGACUUCAGGGCAAGUUGCCUCCUAUUCCAUCGACCAUCCCCGAGAAUCCAUCCGUAGUUCCUGAACGGAAACCGGCACCCAAUCGAAGAGCCACAUUUCAGGCUUCUACAAACAAUUCGCUUCCUUUCUGGAAAUCGUUCGAUGCACGAAAGAUAUCCUCACGAUCGAAAUCCAGAGACGCACAGCCUAUCUCACCACCCAAGACUGUGGAACAGCAGGCAGAAGAUUAUGAGAAUCAUGUAACUGCUUUUAAUACCGUGGCUUCCUCUCUUGGAAGUUCUCCGUACGAUAUCGCUACUACCAUCAGACCACCAAGCUCCGGCGCUGCAUUGCGAGCAAAAUCGAUGACUUCCCAGUUUGAAGCUGAAGCGGCGGAGAGAUUUGCCCGAAGCCGCAGUGUCUCACAGGAAUCGGAAAUCUCUACUGUUUUGUCAUCUCGAAGAUCGUAUGAUUCUAUUUCAACUGUGAACGCUAUUGGUCCAUCUACCCCAACAAGGAAUGGUUUCCGAAGAAGCUCUCGAGAACCGCCUCCCAGUGCUCAUGCGAAUAAGCCAGCGUGGAAAGCAGCUAGCAGAGUGCCAAUGAAACCACAGGUAUUCGUAGCUCCACAAUUGCAAGAUUCGUAUGACCCCGAAUCAAGAUCAUCGACACCUGCCUCUGGCGAAUUGAGGCAGAAGAAGCCUCCGGUCUCUCUUAACAAUCAACGAAAGAGUCUGCCAGCCAUAAGAAGUUCAAGAAGCAAGACGCAGCUGCCUGAUCUUCCCAUGUCGCCUACACGGGCACCACCCGCACCACCGACUACCAUUCCAACAGGCAAUGUAGAGACACUAGCUGAGGUACAAGAUCCAUGGGCGGCUCACCAGAAUUUCUGGUCCCAACGACGGCAGUCCGCUGGGGAAGCGUUGCAGACUCGAAAAAGUUUUGACAAUUCCAGGUCCGGAAGUCGAAGACCAUCAAUGGAGUCGCAGACAGAGACCAAAGCUCAGUACGGUCAUGCAAUUCAGCGAGCAUCCACCACUCAACCCACUCAAAGCUAUGGCUAUGAUGAGCAGUCAUGGAAUGUCCAUGGUUCAAAUCAGUACCAGCGACAACCUUGGACCGGCCACUCUACCGGGUCGCAUCGUAACUUUUCACCACAAUGGGUGCAGAGACAGACUUCCGCUAGUUAUGAUCAUACUUAUGAAUCUGAUGCGGACCACCUCACCAACGGCGCAGCUGACUACGGAUAUUAUUCUCAAGCUGAUGAUGGAUACUAUGCCCAGCCAGAACAAAAUUCGGUUGCUCACCACAACCUACCUCAACAAAUUCACUCUGUCCAGAAUUCCACCAACGACAUGCUUGUGCUCGAUCGCUUCUCUGGUGGUCUCGGAUACAAUUAUGAUCCGAACUAUGGCCUUGCUGGCAGCGCAGGAACUGCAACCUCUGGCAACCCUUCCAGAGCUCCAAGAAAGGGCGUCGAAGCCUCCCAACUCUAUGGAGUCGAUCUGAGUGAUGUCCCUGUAUUCCUACAGCGCGUCAGAGUCGAACAAUGA